UUCUGACUGGGAUAUAACUGAAACAGAAUAAGUUAAAACUGGUCCUUACCUGAGAAAGUAGGCCUAGCUUACUGUGAGUGAGAGCGUUGAUUGCCAACACCUGUGCAUGUUGAUCAGCGGCAGCACUUGCGUGGUCCUGUUUACGUCGAGCUCUCAGUGGAGAUUCUCUCUAAGCUCAGUCUGGUUUUGUUGUUUAUAAUGGAAAACCAAAUGCCGAUGUCAGCUGUCCUUCGUUAUAUUCGCACUGUUUUCUUACUGCUGCUUGUCACGUGCAGCUCCCCGCUGGUUAGGUCCUCUCUGGCUGCGUCCAAUGCGCUGAAUAACCUGGAUGACUUCACCUACCCUUAUGGCAGUAUCUUCUCCCCACUGCUCAAAGCCCUGUCAGAGCACGCAGGGUCCAGGUGGAACCCAGGACUCAAAAGAAAGAUAAAACCCGAGCACAGGUACAUAAAAUAUCUGACGGAGGUUUACAAGAAGUCCUCAAGAGUGCAGAGGAGUUUGGACGGGAAUAAAAUCUACAACACAGUCCGACUGAUAAAGCCACAAGAUGAAUGUCUUGCACAAAGUAAUAAAGAGAGUUUUAUGCAGGCUCUUUCGUACAGCCUUGAUCAAGUAAGAAGAAAAGAACAGCUUCUGAAGUUGGCUCUGCUGUAUCAUUUUGACCAUGACCGUGCAGCACCUAUCAACUCUGUGUGCUACCUGAGUCUCAAGGAGCAGGAGCCCUCCAACCAGUGUCCGCUGUGUCCUGUGGUCCACAACGCUGUAAACUUCACAGUCAGGACAGAUGAGCGGAGCAGGGGGAACUGGGUGGAGGUUGAUGUCACCUCAUUUCUCCAGCCUCUCCUAAAGUUUCAGAAGAAGAACAUUAACCUGCUAAUCAAUGUCACCUGCCCAGAGAAACAAAGAGUCAGUGGUGAUGAGCGCAAAGGCCCACAGAAGUUCAACCUGAGGUCCCCUCCUCUGCUUCUUUACCUUAUUGACAACAGCAAAAUCGCCCACCAGAGGUUACUGGUCAAAGCAGGUCAAAGGCCAGCCACUGGGGCAAACACAUUUCACAAACGGAUGGUUUUCAAACCGGAGCAGAGGAUUGGGCGAACAGGGAGAUGGAAAAGGGAAUCUUCGAAGAGCAAACGAGGCGAUAAAGGUCUUGAAUUCCACCUGCCUGAACUUCUUCCAAGCUCUGAAUUCCAGACAAGCGACUGUGCCUUGUAUGAUUUCAGGGUGCGAUUUAGCCAACUUAAACUGGAUCACUGGAUUGUUUUUCCACCAAAGUACAACCCCAGGUACUGCAGAGGCAUAUGCCCGAGGACCAUGGGCUUCAUCUACGGCUCACCUGUGCACACCAUGGUGCAAAAUAUCAUCUACGAGAAGCUCGACUCCUCUGUGCCCAGGCCCUCGUGCAUUCCCUCCCAUUACAACCCCCUGAGCGUGAUGAUCUUUGAAGAGGAUGGCUCUUAUGUCUACAAGGAGUUUGAAGACAUGGUUGCCACCAGGUGCACAUGUCGCUAAGCCAGCCCACCAACAUGUCUGUUCAUUUUUCUCAGGCUGAAUAGAACAUCACCACAAACCUUACCACAGGUGGACUCUAUCCAAGUAUUGGAUAUUCUGACCAGGCAGUGAUUUUCAUGAAUUUAUAAAAUCGUUGUGCAUGAAGUUUGAUCUGGAGCAGGUGUGUUUACUUAAUCAAGUGUGUUUACUUAAA